AUCUACAUGAAAGUGACGUUUAAUUCUAACCUCACGUUUUAGUAAUGGUACCUGGUGGUGACCGUUCCCCUGUUACCGCUCAUUUAUUUAAAAUUUAAUAAUCAGUGUGAAAAAUCACGAUAUCGUCCAACUCUAACUUUUCUCUGAAUUGUUGUUGAAUUUAAGGAUUUGCAUGUAGGUAAUUUUGACAGCAACGGCCUCUCCUUUGGACGAAAUGAGUCUAGAAAAUUUUCCAAAAGUAACGUCGAAAAAUUACGAUCAACAUCCGCUUAAAGUUCAUAAUUCGAAUCAAGAGUUUACUUCCAUCUGUUGGGCGGAAUCGUUAAUAAUAACCGAAGACAAAAAAACUAAGAAUCAAUCGAUAUCAAAGUCUUAUUCCAUCAUUCUUGAUACUCCGGAAAAAUUGAAACAAUUGCACAACGAGAGCGAAAAUGCAACUUGCGUGGAAAUUUUAGGACAUAAUUCUAAACCCAAAAGAGCGUUAAACUUUACGAUACUCGAAGAAACCAAAGAAUACAUAAUGAAGGAACAUAAGACGCUAUUUUGUGGAGCUGGUCCGGUGCUUUCCCAGCAUUUCAUAGUUUGGCCUAAACUAAAUAGAAGGCAGAUUGAGAUUAGCAUCAACCCCCUUAGUUCGACGAAAUGGAAAAACUGUAAGGACAUCCAAGACAUUCAGGAGAAUCUUGUGGAAACAGAGGAUAAGUACUAUCACGAUAAUGCGUAUAAUCAGGCCAAUCAGGAUAAUCAGGAAAAUCAGGACAAUCAGGACAAUCAGGACAAUCAGGACGAUCAGGACAAUCAGGACAAUCAAGAUAAUCAGGACAAUCAGGAUAAUCAGGAUAAUCAGGACAAUCAGGACGAUCAGGACGAUCAGGACAAUCAGGAGAAUCAGGAUGAUCAGGAAUAUCGAAAGAAUAAAAAAAGAGGCCUGACUAAGUCCGGUAAGGACAAUCAGGAUAAUCAAAAUGAUCAGGAGUAUCGAGAGAAUAAAAAGAGAGGUCCACCUAAGUCCGGGAAAAAGCCUAAUAGAAGAAACAGCGGCGAUUCCAAAAUAAAUGCAGACGGCAGUUCCAAAGGUCUUGUCCAAAGCCUCGGUGACUGGUUUAGCAGUAACAAUUCAAAAAAAGCCUAUAACAAAUCCCAAGAUUCGGGCUCAUCUGAAGAGAACGACCUGUCAACAAAUAUUGGAGCAAUGCACAGCAACGAUAAUCAACUACUAGGCGUUUCUCCUCAAAAACCGAUCAAAAAUUUCAUUACCAGACGCGAAGUCAACUGCCCAGUAGAUAGCUUAGGAGCGUGCAAGAAGAUGAUUGAAAAAAGCAACAAACUGUUGGGUUACAAAAAUGCCUCGCAAUCCGUUUUAGGGAAGUGGUUUUUUCUUGAUCCCUCUGAUUUGGAUAUGGACGGUGAACAGUCUUUUAAGGUGAAAGUUAAAAUUAUUGUCAACAUGGAAAACGCCUUAGAUGAAAAGAAGCGAACCAGGCUGGUUUUGGAUGAAGAUUGUUUAUAUAUUCUACCUGAUCCUGAUAAUUAAAUAAAUUAUUACAUAAAUGGUAUAAUUUAAUAUAAUCAGAUUUAACUAUAUGUAUCUAACAAUUGUUUUAAAAUUGGUUGUAAAAUAAUGAAAUAAAUCGUGAAC